CAACCCGCUGCGGGGACCGGAAGCAGCUUCCAGCCUGGCGCUUCCCGGGUUUCUCCCAGAUACUGCGGGUCGUCUUUCCCGGUCCCGAGGAGUAUCCAUAAGGAGAGCUUUGCCUCCUUGAAAAUUAAAGCCUGGUGGUCCUGAGCUAUUCCCAGUCCAAAUGUCUACAAAAUUGAGACAGUCAUCAACACUCCUUCCACAAAUUUCAGAAGAGCCUGACAGCAUUCUGGUAGUGAGGAUGGAAGAGAAAGAGGCCUGUAAUCUGGAAUCCAGCCUCCACUGGAGAAGCCACUAUUGCCCAGAGACCUUCCGCCAGAGGUUUAGGCAGUUUGGCUACCAGGAGUCACCUGGGCCCCGAGAGGCCCUGAACCGGCUCCGGGAGCUUUGCUAUCAGUGGCUGAGGCCGGAGGUGUACACCAAGAAGCAGAUCUUGGAGUUGCUGGUGCUGGAGCAGUUCCUGGCCAUCCUGCCAGAGGAGCUGCAGGCCUGGCUACGAGCGCACCGACCAGAGAAUGGAGAGGAAGCUGUGACUAUGUUGGAGGAACUGGAGAAAGAGCUUGAUGGGCCGGCUGAGCAGGUCCCUGGACAAAAUGAGGAUAUGCUUGCAGAGAAGCUGGCACCUUGGGAAAUCACUCAGGAGUCACCAAGUAGCCGGCUCAAGAUUGCGAAGCAGCAGCUACAGUGUGCAUCCAUGGAGCUUCAGUCCUCAAGUCAGAACGAUAAAGACACCAGAACUAUAAAUAUGAAAUCAGCUUCAAGGCAAAAGACUUCUUCAGGCACAGAACUGCAUGAUGAUGUUUCUAACACUGUUCAUAUGAAUGUUUCCCAGAGUUUCACAUCUAGAGGAACCUGUGAACAAGAUGGCAGGUUUGAAAGAAGACAUAGAAAUCCUUCUCGAAAAAAACAACACAAGUGUGAUGAAUGUGGCAAAACCUUUAGCCAGAGCUCAGCCCUUAUCCUACAUCAGAGAAUCCACAGUGGAGAGAAGCCGUAUGCAUGUGAUGUGUGUGCAAAGGCUUUCAGCCGAAGCGCAGUCCUGAUUCAGCAUCGAAGAAUCCACACUGGAGAAAAACCCUACAAGUGUCAUGAAUGUGGGAAAGCCUUUAGUCAGAGCUCGAAUCUUUUCAGACAUAGAAAAAGGCACACUAGAGGAAAAAGUCCCAUCAGUAUUGUGAGGGAAUCAAAGCAUUUACUCAGAGCUUUUUCAACAGAGCAAGAAGACACAGAGCACAAACACCUUCUUAGUAUUGAUCAGUGGUUUUUCAGGAUGUCUGCACAGUCAGUGGAAGAAGAUUCAAUACUUAUCAUCCCAACUCCAGAUGAAGAGGAAAAAAUUCUGAGGGUGAAGUUGGAGGAGGAUCCUGAUGGCGAAGAAGGAUCAAGUAUCCCCUGGAACCAUCUCCCUGACCCAGAGGUUUUCCGACAGCGAUUCAGGCAGUUUGGAUACCAGGAUUCACCAGGGCCCCGUGAAGCUGUGAGCCAGCUUCGAGAACUUUGCCGUCUGUGGCUCAGGCCAGAGACACACACAAAAGAACAAAUCUUGGAGCUGGUGGUGCUGGAGCAGUUUGUUGCCAUCCUGCCCAAGGAGCUGCAGACUUGGGUUCGAGAGCAUCAUCCAGAGAAUGGAGAGGAGGCAGUGACGGUGCUGGAGGACUUAGAGAGUGAAUUAGAUGACCCUGGACAGCCGGUUUCUCUCCGUCGGCGAAAACGGGAAGUGCUCGUUGAAGAGAUUGUAUCUCAAGAAGAAGCUCAGGGAUUACCAAGUUCUGAGCUCGAUGCUGUGGAAAACCAGCUCAAGUGGGCAUCCUGGGAGCUCCAUUCCCUAAGGCACUGUGAUGAUGAUGCUAGGACUGAAAAUGGAGCGUUAGCUCCAAAGCAGGAGAUUCCUUCAGCAGUAGAAUCUCAUGAAGUUCCUGGCACUCUCAGUAUAGGUGUUCCUCAGAUUUUUAAAUAUGGAGAAGCCUGUUUCCCUAAAGGCAGAUUUGAAAGAAAGAGAAAUCCUUCUCGAAAGAAACAACAUAUAUGUGAUGAAUGUGGCAAACACUUCAGUCAGGGCUCAGCUCUUAUUCUUCAUCAAAGAAUCCACAGUGGAGAGAAACCCUACGGAUGUGUUGAAUGUGGGAAGGCAUUCAGCAGAAGUUCUAUCCUUGUGCAACACCAGAGAGUCCACACUGGAGAAAAACCUUACAAAUGUCUUGAAUGUGGAAAGGCCUUUAGCCAGAAUUCUGGGCUUAUUAAUCAUCAGAGAAUCCAUACUGGAGAGAAACCUUAUGAAUGCGUUCAGUGUGGGAAAUCCUAUAGUCAGAGCUCAAAUCUUUUUAGACAUCAGCGAAGACACAAUGCAGAAAAACUUCUGAAUGUUGUGAAAGUUUAAGAAAUUAAAAAAAAAAGUCAGCACUCAGGUCUUUUUCUUCAGAAAUGAAGACAAAAUUAAAAACAUGGAAUGAUACAUAAUAGUUUUGUUUCCCUAUAGACUUAGAAAAUCCACUGGGAAAUAUAGGAAAUUGUCACCCACCAUUAUUUUAUCUUGAAAGAAAUGGUGUCAUACCUGCCUAGAAAUGGAAAUUUUAAACUUAAUUCAGGUGUUAAUGCCUAAAUCUUCCAUGUGAUGUUUAUAUUCUUACUAUUUUUUCCAAAUAAUGAACUGCCUGAUUCUUUGCCCUUUUCUAAAACAUUUCCUUUUUUAGACAAAUUUAUUUCUGUGUUCAUUAUUGAAAUGUUCUUUGCAAGGAUAUAGUCCCUUCUACAUUAAAAAGCAGCAUUGGAAUUAUAAAACCAUCUUUUCAAAAUUUACUCUUCUGUUUUGAUUCACAAAAUUUGGAUAUGCAUUUCAGAAAAUAGAAGAUAAUGGAUGACUAAAAGCUUCAAAGUAAGAUUAGAAGUGAUAAAACAUCAAAAAGUGAAUGGGACACCUAGAUUGGAGAAGAUACAAUAACUUUGAUCCAA